UUCGCUCCAGUUCUUCACCAUUUUUUUCACAUAACAGAUCUCCUUCAUCUGAAACUAACUUCCUCUCGUGACUCUCUGCCGUGCCUCCGACUAAAACUGUAGGUUCCGCCGGAGAAUUUAGUAUUGGCAGGACGAAGCUGAAUGGAGUUGUAGAGAUUGCUAAAAGUUCACUCAAGCCUUGUGCUGCAGGACAGGAAACGAUUUCAAAAAGGAAAAAAAAUUGAUGAUGAUUUGUUCGCAGAUAGUUGAUCUGGAUUGAAGUCAAAACUUCGCUCUGCCAGUCUUCAGUCUCCUCAAGACCAAAUUUUGCUCCUUCAACUAAUACUGAGAUGCCACCACGGAAAUCAAAAACGUCUUCUGUAAGCAGUCUUCCUGUCAUCCUGAACAUUGAUGACUUUAAGGGUGAUUUUUCGUUUGAUGCAUUAUUUGGCAACUUGGUUAAUGAGCACCUGCCGUCUUUACGCGAAGAUGAAGUAGAUUCAGCAGAUGGACACGGCAUUGGAGGGACUGAUGCUCUGCCAAAUGGACAUACACGUACAACUUCUGAUGCUACAAAAGUUGCGCAAGGACUCAAUGCACCUCUAUUUCCUGAAGUAGAUGCUUUAUUAUCACUGUUCAAGGAUUCUUGUAAAGAGUUGAUCGAACUGCGCAAGCAGAUUGAUGGAAAACUCAACAGUCUCAAGAAAGAGGUUUCUACUGAAGAUGCUAAGCACCGGAAGACACUAACUGAGCUGGAAAAAGGUGUAGAUGGCUUAUUCAACAGUUUUGCAAGGUUGGAUUCACGUAUUUCAAGUGUUGGGCAGACUGCUGCAAAAGUAGGAGAUCAUUUGCAGAGUGCAGAUGCUCAGCGUGAAACUGCUAGUCAAACCAUAGAGCUCGUAAAGUACCUGAUGGAGUUUAAUAGUAGCCCUGGCGAUCUAACGAAACUUUCGCCUCUAUUUUCUGAUGACAGCCGUGUUGCUGAGGCUGCGUCAAUUGCACAGAAAUUACGAUCGUUUGCUGAGGAGGAUAUUUCAAGAGCUAUGCCAUCAGUUGCGAGUGGUACAACUGCCAGCAGAGGAUUGGAAACUGCAGUUGGUAAUCUUCAGGAGUAUUGCAAUGAGCUGGAGAACAGAUUGUUGGCUCGGUUUGAUGCUGCAUCACAGAGAAGGGAAUUGUCUACCAUGUCUGAAUGUGCUAAAAUUUUAUCUCAGUUUAACAGGGGGACUAGUGCCAUGCAACAUUAUGUAGCAACCCGUCCAAUGUUCAUUGAUGUUGAAGUGAUGAAUUCAGACGCUAAUUUAGUUCUGGGCGACCGAGUUUCUCCCAACUAUGUUGCCCGUGGUGUUUCUAAAUUAUACAAAGAUAUUACAGAUACUGUACGAAAAGAAGCUGCCACAAUUAUGGCAGUAUUCCCUUCUCCUAAUGAUGUUAUGUCAAUCUUAGUUCAGCGAGUUUUGGAGCAGCGAGUUACUUCUCUUUUGGACAAAUUAUUGGAGAAACCAUCUCUUGCACAUCCCCGUCCCAUGGAGGAAGGUGGAAUUUUAUUGUAUCUGAGAGUGUUAGCUGUGUCGUAUGAGAAGACUCAAGAACUUGCUAGAGACUUGCGAGCUGUUGGAUGUGGUGAUUUGGAUGUUGAAGGUCUUGCAGAGUCUCUUUUUUCUUCUCACAAGGAUGAAUAUCCUGACUAUGAGAAAUCCUCUCUUAGUCAACUGUGUCAAGCAAAGUUGGAAGAACUGCGUGUUGAAAGCCAGAGAGUCUGUGAUCCUAAUGGAACAAUAGGUCGUUCUAAAGGGGCUUCAAUGGCUUCUUUCCCUCAGGAGAUAUCUGUUGCAGCUGCAACAGAGUUUGUGCAGUGGAAUGAAGAAGCAAUAUCCAGAUGCACAUUAUUUUCCUCGUUGCCAGUUACACUUGCAACCAAUGUAAGAGCAGUGUUCACUUGCCUACUCGGCCAAGUUAUCAAAUACAUAACAGAUGGACUUGAACGGGCUAGAGAUGGCUUGACUGAAGCUGCAAGUUUGAGGGAAAGAUUUGUGAUAGGUACAAGUGUUAGUAGAAGGGUGGCUGCUGCAGCUACUUCUCAGGCAGAAGCUGCUGCAGCUGCUGGUGAAACCAGUUUCAAAGCUUUCAUGGUCGCAGUACAACGUUCUGGCAGUAGUGUGGCUAUAAUUCAUCAAUACUUUGCAAAUUCUAUAUCUAGGCUUUUAUUACCUGUGGAUGGUGCUCAUGCUGCUGCUUGUGAAGAAAUGGCAACGGCAAUGUCUAGCGCAGAGGGGGCUGCUUGUAAAGGGCUUCAGCAAUGCAUUGAAACUUUGAUGGCCGAGGUUGAGCGAUUGUUAACAGCCGAGCAAAAGACAGCUGAUUACCACCCACCUGAUGAUGGAAUGAUUCAUGAUCAUCGUCCAACAAAUGCUUGCACAAGAGUUGUUUCUUAUCUUUCUCGGGUCCUCGAGGCUGCAUUCACUGCAUUAGAGGGUCUUAACAAACAAGCAUUCCUGACUGAACUGGGAAAUAACUUGUACAAAGGACUAAUUAAUCAUUGGAUGAAGUUCACUUUUAAUCCCAGUGGAGGACUAAGACUGAAGCGUGACAUAACAGAGUAUGGAGAAUUUGUGCGCAGUUUCAAUGCCCCUUCUGUUGAUGAGAAAUUUGAAUUGCUUGGCAUAUUGGCCAAUGUGUUCAUUGUUGCUCCUGAAAGUCUCUCCUCCUUGUUUGAGGGUACCCCGAGCAUCAGGAAAGACGCACAAAGGUUUAUUCAGCUUAGAGACGACUACAAGAGUGAGAAACUGGCAUCCAGGCUUAGCUCCUUAUGGUCCAGUUGAGGUCUCAUCUUGCUGACCCCAUAAUAUCUAGAACUAGCACCUGAUUUAUUAGCCUUAUUGAUCUUAUUAUUCGACUGCAUUGGAUUCAUUUCGUCCCCCUAAUUCUGUUUGAUUUUCGUCUUUGUUCAUAAUAAUCUUUAGAGUUAGGAUCAAUGUUUUAAUAAUGGGAUUGAUUAUUGAACUAAGUGUAUGUUUAAUUUUGGGUUCAAUCAAUAAUCAGUGGUUCCCACAUAAUUGCA